CGGACGGCACAUGCAGCACCUUCGUCGCGCCUGCAGCAACGACACGUCCUCUAACCCCUUCUGGCCCGGAGGUGAUGAGAUGAGAUGUUGGCGGGGAAGAUGUCAGCCUCGGCAUCCUCAGUAGCGUGAAUCAGCUGACCACAGGUGGAUAAAAACGUUGAAAGACAGUGAACAAAGAGCCUUGGACAUGAGAAAGCCGGACUUGUGCCAAUCGGAGGAGAGAGAUGCCAGUGGACAGUGACGGUGCCUCGGGGGGAUGUUAGUUGCCCCGAGGAAUGUGGAGUCUCCCCCAGCGGCCUGCAAAAUGGUGACUGCAGACGGCACGCCCCUGGUGGAGACGUGCGUCCUCCUCCCGGCAGAGUUCGCCCUUAAGGUGGAGACACAGCCGAGGGUGGCGUCCUUCCUCAAUCUCCUGCCACAGCUGACCCCGAGGAGCCCCCUGUCGCAGCCAUUCCUGGACCAUCUGGGGGCGCCACCCUUCUCCCCCGUGCCGCCCCACCUCGGCCCCCUUGCCCCGGCUCUAAACUCCCUCGGGUCGCCCCUCAACCGCCUUGCGAUGCCGCCCGCUGAAGACUAUAUCCAGGUGUGCGCCACCCGCCCCCUGCCGCCCCACACCCGCUACCUCCCCUUCAGCGGCACCGUCAGGACCGACAACCUGCCCCUCGUGCCCUGCCUGCCGCCCAUGGACCCCCGCCAGAGGUACGGGAGCUACGACGAGGUGUGUCAGCGGCCAGUGGGGCGGGUCAGGCUCUGUAACUGGGUCCGCUUCGUGUCUCCCGCCCUCCACUUCACGCCACAGGUCAACAUGGUCGCCUCCAGGGUCAGAGGCUCGGUGGUGUUCGAGGUGGUGCGGGAGGUGUCGCCCGGCGAGCGGCUGGUGGCGCUGCUGCUGCCAGAGGUGGGCGGGGAGGACUCGCUACUGCUGCCCGCCCUCUCCCUUCUCCGGUCCUCUCUGUACCGCCGCACGAUGGACUCCAUCAUGUCGGAGGCGCCCCUGGAUCUCUCACGCUCCCUCCUCACCUCACCGCCUUCUCCUCCCUUCGACUUUAGAAGAGGAGGAUCCAAACGGAAACCACAAGAGCUCUCACCCCGUCGCUCUCCCUCGCCACCUUCACCGACCUCCACGAUGGCCUCUGUCGGUUCUUCCUUCUUCCCUUUCCGGAAAGCAGAGUCCAACGUGUUCCACCGGGAGGUGGAGGCGGCCGGAAGGUCUUCUUUUUCCCUGAACCUGCCUCCACACACACGUGAGGCGGCCCCCAGCACAAGUAUUGGCUACCCGCCGCCGACCAGCGUGUCCAUGGUCUCUGCGGCAAGACCCAGCGAGGUGCACCUAGCCAUAACUCCCACCAAGCGGCGGGAACGGACGAUGCUGCCGUGCUCGGAGUGCGGCAAAGCUUUUGAUCGGCCGUCGCUGCUCAAGCGGCACAUGCGGACCCACACAGGGGAGAAGCCGCACGCGUGCGACGUGUGCGGCAAAGGCUUCUCCACCAGCUCGUCCCUUAACACUCACCGGCGCAUCCACAGCGGCGAGAAGCCCCACCAGUGCGGCGUGUGCGGCAAGCGGUUCACCGCCUCCUCCAACCUCUACUACCACAAGAUGACGCACGUCAAGGAGAAGCCUCACAAGUGCUCGCUGUGCACGCGCUCCUUCCCCACCCCAGGCGACCUGCGCUCCCACAUGUUCGUCCACAACGGCCAGUGGCCCCACAAGUGCUCCAUCUGCGGCAAGGGCUUCAGCAAGCUCACCAACCUGCGAAACCACGCCCUUCUGCACGCAGAAGUGAAAAGGAACGAACAUCCAUUCAUGUCGGCGACCAACAACGUCUCCUCGGCCUUGGCGUCGCCACCAACCACGCCAACAACAUCCUUCCUGACUCCCUCCUCUUCUCAGGCUUCAAACAUCUCACCUCUACCGACGCCCUCACGCACCACCUCUCCGUCACCGCCUCCCUCAUCCUCGCCGUCGUCUGCCUCACCCACGGCCCACACACCGCCUUCAGUCACCUCCUCAGAGCCACACGACACCUCACCCUCACCAGCACAAAGGCAAGAUGACUGCCUUUCCCCAGACAUUGCUUCAAUCCGCGCCAGACCACUGCUAGGUAACAAAAGCCAUUCUUCAACCCCAUCCCGCCCUUCAUCCCCAGCAGCACCUACCUCCCCCUCGCUCCCAUCCGGAGAUACAAGAAAUGUAUCAACCAAAACCUCAAAGACACACACAUACACACGAUUUUUCCUCGACGAUUUGCUUCACUCGCCCAGAAGCAACGCCUCGCAGGAAGAUACUUCAACGCCAAACCAGUGCAAAGAAACACCAACAAAGGAGGAAAACCCAGAGACGAAGAGUACGAAUACGGAUGCGGAAGUGGGUAGGAAGGUGGCUAGAGAGGAAGAGGAGGAGGGAGAAGAGGAUAUACAAAUUAUUGACGACAGCACUGACCACAAGGAGAGGAGAGUGAGUGAGCAAGACCAACCCGCCAAAAGGUAGCGCCCGUGGGAUUGGUCUCGCAUCUCACCCUAAAUACCUAGACCCUAACCCCCCCCCCCCCCGCCCGCCCAUACCUUGCCCCACGUCCUAUUACCGUAGUCGCGUGCUUGAAUAGCUUUACCUCUUACCUGGAGCUUUAAACUAGUAGUGUACCAAAUCGAGAAUAUUAAAAAAAUAGAUCAAAGUAAAAUAUAUUGUAAAAAGAAAUGUUAGAUUAGUUUUUAUCUUGUUUGUAGGUGUGAUAGAGGAUUUUUGUUGUUGUCUUAAUUUAAUGUUGUUCCUUGGCGUUACUUUCGUGUGUUCGUGUUUCCUCCAUUACUAAGCGGCAUUUCAUUAUAUCAAAGCAUAUAUUUCUGAUGGUAAUUCUUUAGCAACAAAUACACACACACAGAAAAAAAAAGAACACCAUCAAACACACAUACAUACAUACGCGCGCCCAAGAGCACUAACAGAAUUUCAAACAUCAUCACCUUUCAUUCUCUCCUUAAGUGCUCUGUGUUUCAUGUUCUGCAACACACACACACACACACACACACACACACACACACACACACACACACACACACACACAACCAUAUGCCUUGAGGUUCCAGUUUCCGUAACAAAUCCUCUUCUCAUCCCUCAUCCCUACAGUCAUCAGAGGCUGGUCGUGCAAUAUUUUUCUUAACGUAGAGUGUAUGUAUUUAUUACCAUCGUAUUUGUUGUUCCAAAAUAAAACACCUUCCUAGUUCA